AUGAGUAACACAAGAAGGACAGAAAUGUUGGCAGCCGAAAACAAAAAAAGCUUAUUUGAACUUUUACAUAAGUCACCGUGCUACUGCAUUGCGCUUGAUGAAUCUUGUGACUUAGUUGAUUCUGAACAAAUGUCAAUUUUCGUGCGAUUAUUUGACAUUGAAAAUAAAGUGUUUAGAGAAGAGUUACUAGCAAUAUUGACAUUUGAAGGCAAGACUCGUGGAGAAGAUUUAUUUAAGAGUUUUGAUGACUUCAUGAAAAAAUCGGAUUUGAGUUAUGAUAAAAUUGUGUCAAUUUCCAUUGAUGGAGCUCCAGCGAUGAUGGGAAAAGAAAAAGGAUUGUUAAAAAGAAUCCGAGAUAAUAAUUCCGGGAUAUUAAAUUAUCAAUGCAUAAUUCACCAAACAUCGCUUUGUAGUAAACUCAGUGCUACACUGAAAGAUGUUAUGAACGGUUUGAUCAAGUUAAUCAAUUUUAUCAGGUCGCGUUCUUCUCUUCAACACAGACAGUUUAAAGAGUUUCUGUGUCAAUGUGAUUCGGCUUAUUCAGAUUUACUACAACACAAUCAUGUUCGUUGGCUCAGUAAAGGUUGA